CCCCCGGCUCUUCUCCUUGGGUUGUUUUUUUAUCCUUCGUCUUUUCUUCGUUUAUUUCUUCCCACAUAUACCUCACCGGCACCGGGCAGGUUAAGCGGUGUUUUCUUUUCUGCCGCCACCCGGGGUCCCUGGUGCACUCUCGACUCCCUGGGUGAUUAGGUAGGCCCCUAACCCAGGCAGGCAGGCAGGCUAGCAUACGACAUAGUGUAUGACAUAGGUAGUGUUAGGUGGGUAAGCAGUGGCGUUUGCGCCGUCCGCCACUACGCUUACGGCAUGGCGGGCGUGCCGGGCAGGGCGGGCGCUGGGUAAGGGCCUGCAUGGAUCGAAUGGUUUGUUGGUCUCGCUCUACUCGUAACCGUUCCCCCGGGUCGACCGCCCCCUACUACGUGCUUGGAGCACGAUACCUCAGCCUAAACCGCAUCGGUGCCGCGAGCCUAAGAACCUGUGUCGCGGAUACGCGUAGAUGGUAUAUAUCGGGAUCACAUAUCCUGGGAAGCCCAGAGGGAUUUGCACCCCUUCGGCCCGGCCUCCUGUCGGUUGUGUUGGCCGGCGUGCAUGCGCAGGGGGCCAAUGGGAGCACUUUCGAAUCCUCGACGGCAAAUUGCAGGCGGCGUCCUGAAGGUCUACUUGCUGCGUGCUCGGCGUCGUGUGAUGCGGAGUUGCGGUGGUGCUGUAUUUCCUAUUCGCGAGAGAAAAGGGGGGUGGUAUUUUUUUUUUUGUUGUUGUUGUUGUUCGGAGAAGCGGUAAGUGUUUCGAACCGGCGACAGGGAGGUAAAAUGACGAACGAAGAGAGGCAUUUCCCAUCGAGCGCCCGCGAUGCUGACAUCCUGCCUAACGAACCGACACGGCUGGCCUAUUACGACUGACUAGGCCUACACAUACUACAACCAACAGCUCUGCACGGCACACACAUAGACGCACACACGGCACAGCACACAUACACACGCACACAUCCUCUUUAAUAUUUUUUGCAUGUGUAACCGGCAUCGUGAUACCCAUCACGACCGUCGCCAGGCCCGGAUUCCGGGUUC